AUGCCAGAGUCGUACUUGGUCAUUGGCGGCGAGGGCUUCGUGGGCCAUCGCAUGGUCGAGCUGCUCCUCGAGCGAUUUCCGGACGCGACAGUGUCCUCGCUCGACCUCGUGCAGCGCCAUUUCCCCGACAAGCUCGCCGCUGGAACCUCGCGCAAGUGGUCCUUCUACUCGGCGGACCUCACCUCGCUCGACUCGCUCUCAUCGGCGUUCAGGCAGGCGGGCGCGACUUGCGUGUUCCACACCGCGUCGCCGUGGACGGGAUCGGGCGCAGACGUGUGCGAGAAGGUCAACGUGCAGGGGACGCAGACGGUCGUCGAUGCGUGUGUCAAGGAGGGCGUCAAGAAGCUCGUCUUUACCUCGUCCGCCGGGACGGUCUACGAUGGCGUCGACCUGAUCAACGUGGACGAGCGGAUGCCGUUCCCUGAGAAGCCUAUCGACCCCUACAACGCGACUAAGGCCAAGGCGGAGCAGAUCGUCCUCGAGGCAAACGGGAAAAACGGGCUGUUGACGGUGGCGCUGCGGCCAGCGGGCAUCUUUGGACCCGGUGACCGACAAGCCGUUCCGGGGAUGAUGGACGUCCUCAAGACGGGCAAGACCAAGUUCCAGGUCGGCGAGAACGACAACAUUUUCGACUGGACCUACGUCGACAACGUCGUCCACGCGCACCUCAUUGCCUCGCAGCGCCUCGGCCAAUCCGUCCCCCUCUCCGUCCUCGAAGACCGUCUCGUCCCCAUCGACCUCACCGUUCCGCGCCGCCAACUCCCCACAUCCGAUCACCGACCGCCCUCACUGCUCGAGAAGGAGAAAGAGCUCGACCCGUCGUUCGUCAACAACGAGAAAGGCGACGAACCGCUCGGCGCGACCCGCAACCGCUUCGACCCCUACUUCCCCGAAUUCAUCGCGCACGCUUUCCCCAACCUCGACUUCUCGGACGAGAAGGCCCUUGCGGACGGCUCGUUGCAGAUCCCAAUCGCCGGCCAGGCCUACUUCAUCACAAACGGCGAGCCCGUUCCGUUCUGGGACUUCCCGCGCGCGUUGUGGGCCGAGUACAACGGACAUGUCGCGUCUUGGACGCUGCCGCUGCCGGCGCCCAUCGCGCUCGGAAUCGCGGGAAUCGCAGAGACGGUCAUGGGCUGGCUGGGAAAGACGCCGAAUAUGACGAGGGGCAAGAUCGUCUACUCGACUGUGAACCGGUACUACAACAUUGAGAAGGCGCGUCGGAUUCUGGGGUACGAGCCCAUCGUUGGCGUGCAAGAGGGCAUCAAGCGGGCGGUUGCGUGGUACAAGGAGAACGAGUCGAGCAUGCAGCAGAAGAAGGCUUGA